AGUGCCGCGGCGGCGACGGCUCGGCCCGGGGGGGCCGGGGGGGAGCCGUGGAGGAUUCCGCAGCCCGCGGCCCUGCUGGGGACCGGGGACAGAGCCUGCGAGGCGAGGGCCGGUUCUGCGUCUGCCUUAGGCCCGCGGCUGUAGGCACCGCAGCGCCGAGGCUCAGUCCUGUGCCUGCCCCUGGAGCCAGCGCUGCAGAUGUGCCCCCCCGGGCAGAACCUGUCCUGCUCUGCUGCCCACACUCUCCUCUGUGCCCCCCAGCACCCCACUGGCCUCCUUGGCCACCAGGGCACCUUGCUGGCUCCUGGGCAGUUGUUGCCCCCCAGCACCCCCAGGGCCUUCUCCUGGGAGCUGCUCUCCAGCAGGUCCCCCCCAGCUGUGCUGCUCAGGAGGUUGUUCCUGCCCAGGGGCAGGCCCUGCCCUUGCCCUGGCACAGCUCCUGAUGGCCAUCGCCACCUUGGCACCGCACCUGGGUUCCCACCAGAGGCCCUCAGGGGCUUCCCCCGCCGCUGGCAGCCCUGGGAGCUGAUGUGGGCAGCAAUAAUUGAUGGCCCAGGUGGCCCCCGGGGGCAGCUCCGCUUUCGCUGCCCGCAGGUGGAAUGACCUCCGCCGAGGGGAGCCAGGGCAGGAGACUCCCUGCACCGCCUGGCACCAUGGCAGAUCCUGUUCCACAUCAAUCAUUCAUGGCCCAGCCGCGGAAGGGGCUCCUGGGCACUGCUCGGCUGGGGAGAGUGAGUCCAACCCCCUGCAGGGCAGGGCCCGGCGCUGCCGUGCCCCCCGGUGCCCCCCGGUGCCCCCAUGGCUGUCCUGAGCUGCAUGAAGUUCCUCAUGUUCGCCUUCAACCUGCUGGCGUUUGCUGGGGGCGUCUGCCUGGCAGGUGUGGGGGUCUGGGUGGCCGUGGACCCGGCUGGCUUCCAGGACCUUGUGGUUGCCAAGCCCGUGCUGAGCGCCGGUGCCUACCUGCUGCUGGCCCUGGGCAUUGCCCUCUCCCUGCUGGGCUUCCUGGGCUGCUGCGGGGCCCUGCGCCGGAGCCGCCCCCUGCUGCUGCUGUUCUUCAUCCUCGUGGGCCUCGUCUUCCUCACGCAGCUGCUUGGGGCUGCUCUCUUCCUGGUGCACUGGAAGAAGGUCCAGCCGGAGGUGCUCCUGUCUGAGCUGAGGAGCAGCUACCAGGGGGAUGAGGCUGCUGAGGUCUUCUCCGGGGCCUGGAACACUCUCAUGGUCACGUUCUCCUGCUGUGGGGUUUUGGGCCCUGAGGACUUUGGGAACGGUUCCCUCUUCCAGCAGCUGCACCCAUGCAUGCCCUGGCCCCGGGCAUGCUGUGCCAGGGAUGGGCUCCUGCAGGGGGGAGAGCUGCUGGGCUGGCAGCAGUGCCAGGAGAGGAGCCCUGGCUACAUCCAUGAGCAGGGCUGCUUCUCCACCUUUGGCAGAACCCUGCAGGGUUACAUCUCCAUCCCUGGCACCUGCAGCUUGGCUGUGCUGGGCAUCGAGGUACAGAGGGGACAGGGCAUGGCACGGCGUGGGGGAGGCUGUGCCAGGAGGGUGCUGUGUGGCUGAAGGGCAGCAAUGAGGGCAGGGAGGCAAUAGCUCAACGUGCAGGUGGGGAGCAGUGACAGAGCCUCCCUCUGCCACGCUGCCCCUGUGCACAGGGGCUGCCUGGCACCUGGCUGGCACAGGGGAGAGGGGGGCUGGAGGCAGCUGCAGGCUCUGAGCUGCUCUUCCUCUCCUCCACCCCAGAUCUUUGCCAUGUUCUUUGCCUUCUGCCUCUACUACAACUUCGACUGAGCAGGAGCAGUGCAGCACAGCCAAGCCUGGCGAGUUCCAGGGGUGGCUGUGACCCCCAGAGCAGAAGCUGGCACGGAGCAGAGGUGAGGCUGGGCCUGGCUGCCUCUUGCAGCAGGGGCAGCACCAAAGCUUAAAUCCCUCUCGGGCAGCUGCUCAGAGCAGGAGGCUCCACUGCCAUCGGCCACCAAAAGGGCUCUGGUGACAGAAGUCCUGCCCCUGCCCCACCAAAGUUCCUUCUCCUCCCUCCUGCUGCUCCUCAGCUCCCUGGCACCACCCUGCUGGCACCUGCUGGGCUUUUCCUCAUCCCUCUCUCUGCUGCUGCUCUUCAACAGCCACCUCCUGAGGACAGUACCAAGGCACAGCCCAGGUCCCCAAGCUGGACCCUCCCAGGCUGCUGCCUCUGGUGACUUCUCCUUCCACAGCCCUGCUGUGCCAGGGACACUGCAGCCUGUGCCAGGGAAGGGCUCCCACAAGCUGGUCCAGACGCGGCUGUGGCUCAGCUUCUGCCCUCAGCUUGCCCUGGGCAGGGGCAGCAAAGCAGAAGCUGAGCUCCUUGGUGCUGUUCCCAGCUCAGGGAGCAGAGGCUGAGGCACCAGUGCCAGUUGUGCCCUCGGGGACAUCUCCAGAGCUCCACCCAGCAGAGCAAUAAACCCAAACUGAGCUUUA